UCUAUCAUUGCAUCUCUCUUUAAACUGACAAGGGUGGCAGGUACAUACCUACUUACUUACUUGACGCCCUCUAGACCCUCUGCUGGUCGAGCAUUUCGUAAAAAGUUGAAAUUAUACAGAAGGAAAUAAUAAAAUAAAGAUAAUCGACAAAUCUUGCUUGGAUUGAUAAAACAAUUUACAUACUCAUGAUUUAAGGGUUAAACUUACAUGAACAGGAGGAAUUUCAACAUUUACUUUUCCCUUUUUACUUCAAAAUAAUCGGCAUUCUGCGUUGAAAAGAGCUGCAACGAUAUACGCCUCGAUUAAUGGGAAAUUUAUGGGAAGAAUUGUUUCCGUUGUUAAAAAUGUUCCAUAGAAUAAUGUGAAAACAUAAAUAAUAUUUCCAAGUAUGCAAAAGUAACAUAAACAGAUGUUACGAAAUACUUUUAGGUGGAUGACAAGUACUUUAGGAAUGGAUAUGAAUAAUAAAACAGAAGAAUUAAGUAACAUUUCAGAUAAUGUCGAAGAAACUGAAAAUUCUGAUUCAAUAGAGAUCGAUAAUUCACAUUCGGUCCUAUUGAAGAUAGCAACGCUAUAUGCCGAACGUCUUAUGAAUGACAUUUGCCUUGUUGUCGAUGGCAUAGAAUAUCCAGCACAUCGCCUUAUCCUUUGUGCUUCUAGCGAUGUUUUCCAAGUAAUGCUAAUGAGCCCGCAAUGGAGCGAAUCCCAAGAAAGUAGAGUAACCCUUCAGGAAACGCCACAAUGCGCACCUAUAUUUAGUGAAUUUUUGCGGUACUUUUACACGGGCCAAAUAAGAAUUAAUUAUGGAGUUGUUUUACCAAUAUUAUCUUUAGCGGAUAAGUAUAACGUAAAAGAUUUAAUAUCAUUGUGCCUUGAUUAUAUGCAAAAUCAUAUUGCAUUAGCCGCGAUUCACGGCACUUUAGUAUCAUGGUUACAGUAUACUUCUAAUUGUGGUCAUCAGAAUAUUACUCAGGCAUGUCAGAAUUUUAUCAAAUGGAAUUUAGAAUUGGUGGCCAAGACUGCAGACUUUGGUAACUUCGAUAUAGAUAUUUUAGUAUCGUUAUUACAUCAAAGUAAUUUAGUGAUAAAAGAUGAAAUGACAUUGUACAAGUGCCUGGAAACUUGGUUGGAUCAUCAGUCGCAUCGUUUGAAACCUCAAUUGUCAAACGAUGAAUUGGAAGCUACACUGAAACAAUUGGUGAUAGCCGUAAUGUCUCCCGUCAGAUUUCCAAUGAUGUCGCCUCGACAAUUAGCGGAAUUGUUAUUAUUUCCUUUGACAAAAAUGUAUAAAGAAUUCUUUGUAGAACGUAUGUCCAUCGGAAUGUCGUUUCAUUCAGGCCAGUUGGAUAGAGUCAGAGAAGUGAGUUUAAACGAGGAGGAUGGCGCGUUACUGUUUGAACCGAGAUUGUACACUGUAGAUACUUGUAGCUCGUUACUUACAAUAGAAAAUUUUCAUAGUUUACCGUUUUAUCAUACUAGAACUCUUGUGUUUUCGAGUCAUUCGUGUUUAGCAGAAUAUGCGGGCGAUCGCGCGUGUGAAUGGGUUGUAGACAUAUAUCCGAAAGGUGUAUGGUUUAAAAAAUUUUUUUUAAUAGUUUGGCAGGGCACGGUAGAGAUGCCCGAACAUGUAAAACGAUCGGUUAGAUUGUCGCUCACGUGUAAGGAGCCUCCUGUAAAUAGCGAUACCGACAUGCGUGUCAAAAUAGGUGUUUUAAUUUAUGGAUUGCAAGACGGUGUCGAGCAUAUUGCAAGAGUAACAGAGAUUAUUCAUAGAUUUAGUAAAAAAGAACGAGUCCUUAAUUUGGAUGAUCUUUUACCAUUUGAAGAACUUAAUCCACAACAGGGUUCUGUGCCAGAAAAUACAUCUCCAUUUUUAGUAGGUCCAAAUAAAGAUAUGCUUAAAUUACAUAUUGUUAUAUCACCUGCCAAUUAGAAGGUAGUUUCUUCGCUUUGUUCCAAAACGUUUCAUUACAACAUUUUAGUUAUACUUGAUUUCUAUAAAAACUACAAAACAUACCUCAUGAUAUUAUGUAUUAUCUCUUAGAAGUUUAACGUUUUGGACGUUUCAUUUUUCACUCAAAAUUAUACUAAUAUUAGAUCAAGAGAAAAUUUUCUAUCCGGAAUGUUAUACAUAUAUGGAGGAUACGAUGUAAUAAAAUACGAGUGUAUUGGAAUACACAGCGUGCAUUGACCAUGUUAAUCGAUAUUAAUGAAAAUAAUAGAGUAUAAUAUUUAAAAUGAUCGUUUUUACGAAGUGUGUUGUGGACGAACGCAGUGUGUAAUAGAAUAUUUUAUUUGUAUAAUAUAUUAAAUCAAGAGGUAAAAGACAGCGGUGUAAAGUCAUUUUUACCCCCAUUUCAAGAAACGGAAGGUUUUACCGGACUUUGAAUAAUAAAUUGCACAUCCAUAUUUUUCUCACUGUAUUUCUGUAGAUUGUUGCUAUGAAAUCCUAUUGUAAGUAAUGGACAUUUUAAAGAG